AAAGAAGCCUUUAGGCUCGGUCGAGUGUCACCAUCUAAACUUAAAUUUUUGCAAUCCUUAUAUCGUGUUGAUGCCUUUUAUGGUUUAACACGUAAUCUAUAUUAUCGACAAUAUAAAACGUAACCUAAAAUAUUGUAAUAUAAACAGAAUUGAAAAAAACAUUGUGAUCGUUUGAAAAGUUGAGAUUAAAUUAAAAUAUUUUUGUCGGCUAAUAAUAGAUUAUUAAUAAAUAUAAUUAAAAUGAGCCUCGUAGCUUAUGGAAGUAGCGAUGAAAGUGAUAAUGAGGAAGAAACUAGCGAGCAACCUCAAGUGGAAAGAAAAACUCAAAGUGCAGCUAUUCAAAAUGUAAAUAAAACAAGUAAAUUGCAAUUACCCGUUCCAAAAUUAGAAGAACCACAUGAGUUAGAGGGUGAAAGUACAAAUAAUCAUAAAGAACAGACAUUGAAUUUUGAUGUAAUACCAAAACCAAAAUUAAUCGAAGAAAAUAUCGAGAUAAAUCUACAGGAAAUCGAUAAUGCACCAAUGCCGAAAAAAAUUGAUUAUGGACUUAUCGAAAAGCCGCCCAAAAAGAAAAAAGGUCCUAUAAAAAUAUCGAUUCCAUCUCUAUCUGAUUUUAAGGAUGUUGACGAAGAAUGUGAGCAAAACCAUAUGAAAAAGCAAACUUCACAGAAAACAUCAGGACUUAUUAAUUUGUUACCGCCACCAAAAAGUUCGUUAGUUACUAUGAAAACAAAUGUCAUGGUACCUCAUGCAUUAACCAAAAAGCCAAUUGAAAUAAAAAAACCCAUUCAAACAAAUGUGCCAAGCAUUCAGCCAAAAAAAAUGAAUAAUAAAUCAAUUGCUCAAAAGAAAGCCGAGUCCUCGAAGCUUAUGUCUGUAUUUAAUUAUACGUCGGAUUCGGAAGAUGAAGAUAACGAAGUAUCUUCAUCUGGAAUAGACUUUUUUUCCCUGUCUGCUCCUACAAGUAUUCCUGAUGAAAUUUUACCAACUUCUGUUAGAAAUGAAAUCGAUGCUAUUACAGCCUUACCUUCUUCAAACGAAUCUAAUCGUGUUGAAGAGAAUUCACUUAACGAAGCAAAUAAAACAAAUAAAGGAUUAACUAGCAAUAUUAUGAAUCUUCCAAAAGAAGAAAUACUUUUAAAAAAUAAGGCAGAAGUUGGUCCAAAAUUACCUAUUCCUGAACAGGAAUAUAACGUUGAUUCAGAAGGGAACGUAGCUUUUGAUGAAAAAGCAAUUGAAUAUUUAUGUGGUAAAAGGGGAGUGAAGCGAAAAAAUGAAUUUGAUAAUGUAGACAUCAUUGAAAUUAGUGGCGAAGACAUAAAACCAGACGAGAGGGAGUGGAUGAUUAAAGCGCUUACGGAUGAAGCUGCCCAAAGGCCUGUGUCUGUUGGCGCUGGCCCUAGUGGGCAAUCAAAGAAGAAACAUCAAAUCACAUAUUUGGCUCAUCAAGCUAAAGCCAUGGAGUUAGAAUUAAAAAAUCAGUGGGCACAAAACAAAGCCAGUCGACAGCAGACACGAUCAAAAUAUGGCUUUUAGCAUCUAUAUAAGAAAAGUGGCAAUUGCGUGAUUGUUAUGAAUACGUGAAAGGUUUUAUGAUACAAGAUUCACGUUUGUGAAAAGUUAUACUAACGAAUGAUAA